AGUUGAGUAAAAAGCAUCGACUGUGCUGGACGUGUUGAUUCAAUCGCGUUUUUUAUUUAUUUUUUUGUUUGAAAAAGGAAGCAACACAUCAAGUUGAAACUAUUUUAUUUUUGUUCGUAAUCGGUUUUAAAUAACAAAAAAAUGACUAGCCAUCUCGGACAGAAUUAAUAAAAACGUUUUAAUGAAAUAAGAAAGAUGAAAAUAAAUAAAAUUAUAUGAAAAAGCAGAUAGUGACACAUACACACCAUAGUGAAUGAAUUUAAAAGAAAACCCCGAAACAAUACAAGAAAAUUUAAUUUAUUAAUUUUGUGCUGUGUUAUGUUUGAAUUUAAAUAAGUAAAUGGAAAAUAAAGUGGAAAUCUGUGCAAUUAACAUUAAUCAAACGUUUCAUGUACAAGUUUUUUCUUUCUUUCAUUGUGAUUUCAUUCGUGGAUUUCUUCUUGAAAGUUGAAAACGUUGUAGUGGGGGACUACAUGGGUUUUUGGUUAUAAUGUACUCGACUUAUACACGGACAAAUGAAAAUAAUAUUUUUACCGUUCGUUUUGAUCAAGUGACGUGUGCCUGCUAAUAUGUUUCAAUGCUGGUUUGCUCAAUCGACGUGAUUUUAAGAAAAUAAAAUGAAUCCACAUUGUAUGCAGGCACAUCAAGGAUAUAAUAAUGUUGAAACGCAGAUCAAUUUAAAUGAAAAUAGAACCAAUUAUUGAACUAUCAGAUUAAGUGCACGUAUUUUUUAUAUGUAUUGAUUGUGCUGUAUAAUAAGCUAUAUCUUAAAGCGUGUGUUGUGAAUUUCAUUCGAAGUGAUAAUUAUCAGUGUAGCUGGAAGUUUUUUUUUAUGUUCAACUCAAAGAAAGAAAUUAUUAAAAAUAAUCGCGCGAAAACAAAUGAAUAGUUUGAAAUAAUCUUAAAAACUUCAAUCGAAAAGAAAAUAAAAACAAAAUUCAGUGCAUGGGAAUAAAGAUAAGAAAAAAAGGUUUUUCAUCUCAAAGUAAAUAAUUUAGUGAAUAAUGAUGUUCAGCUGUGCAAUGCAAUUAGAAAUCAAAUUGUUAUUUUUCGCCGUGUGAGUUGAAUACUGGAAUUGUGUGCGUAAAAUAUAACUGUGUGGUGUUGCUACACAUGCACGAAAAAGGAUUAAAUAUUGGAUAAUUUUCCUCUACAAUUCUCACCAUGGAGGAUAACGAAAAGAGAAAUGAGAAUCCGAUUGAUCCAAAAGCCGAAUCAAACAAUGUUGACUCCAACGUCAACGCAAAACAAUCGGACACAAGAGAAGCCAACAACACAACUACCGAUCCAAAUCAAUCACCAGCUAAUCACAACGAACAAACAACCAUCCUAAUUGACGACUCACAUUGUUCUCCUGCCGCCAAUAAUAAAUCAACAGAAAAUUCGAAACAAAGUAACGUCGAUCAACAGCAAGUACCUACAUCGUCGACUGAGUCUAGCGAUCUCUGUUCCAAUGAACGCCGGGACGAAAAAGUGAACUGUGAAUCACCACCGGUGAAGGAAGAAAGUGAUUCAACAGUUCCGGUGACAAUAACAGAGAACGCGACUGUUAAAAGUUCUAACGAAUCGAACAACGACCACACUGUAAAUGACCUGGCUUCAAGUUCGGUCUUACUUGAAGUGCAAAGUGAUUGCCGAACAGAAACAAAACCUAAUAUAGAAUUAGUUAAAAGUGAGAUUAUAAAUGAAUUAACGACAGCAAGUAUUGCUAAUUGUGAUAGUAGUGAAAUAUUAGAUGAUUCUAUUAUGAAUGUGAUCCAUUCGAACAGUAGCAAUAAUGUGAGUGAUAGCCACGGUGAUAAUGUGGAAACGGCAAUUCCAAGUGAAUCGUCAUCUCCAACGACAGAAAAAGGUGCUAAAGCGGUCAUCGAUAAAUCCUCCGACGAAAAAUUGAAUGAAUCGGGAAGGAGUCUCAUGUCUUCAGAAGCUUGUUCAAUAGACGCUUUAUCUCUGGUCGGUUCGACUGACGAUGUCAACCACUCAAAUGGUGACAAAUUACAGAACGAGCCAACCAGUUCUGGUGAAACUGGAAAAGUUGGGUCGGACAGCGAUGACACGCCAUCGGUACAUCCUAUUAUCAGUGAUAAAGGUGGCGGUACGGACAAUCAGAAUGCCGAUAUUUCUGCUCAACAGCAACCCGCAGGACCUGCGAAUACAAUUGUUUUAAACAAUUCAGUAGAUAGUAUUAACUGUUUAGUGGACACAAACGAUCCAACGACAGAACGAACAAUCUAUGAAGUGAACAAAUUAGACGAGCAUCCAGAAAUCGACAUGCGUUCGACGACUAUACGGACGGAAGAGAAAAUUGGUUGUGAUUCAAAGCAUUCCAGCAACGUGCAGAAUCCGGUUGCUUACUCUGGGUCGGUGAUACGACUGUCGACCGUUGCCGAAACCAGCGAUGAUCAACGUGACAAUAUCAACGUGACGUCGAACACAAUUGCUGUCGAUCAUUUGGUUCGUAGCAAAAGCAUUUCACACAUUGAGUUACCAAAGUCUUCAUCGACGGACACAAGCAUUGCAUCAAUGAAAUUAAAUCAAAAGUCACCGCGUACUGCUUCACCAAAUGACAUGACAUUAGACUUAACACAAUCGCAUUCGUUGUCUGGACGACCGAAUAGCUUGUAUGUAAGCAAUCCCGACUUUACCCGACCGAAACCGUCCACGGAAGAUUUGAGUUCGUUACGCAUGAAGCCUCCAGAUUUCAGUAAAAUUACGCACGCUUAUUCAACGAACAAUUUGAAAAUACCAAAUCCUAAUUUCAACGAAAUGGAGACUUCGCUAAAGCAACACCAGCCAUCCCACCAAACGCCCAUUAAUCCAGCCAAUUUUGCGGAAAUUAGCAAACGGCGGAAUUACAUCAGCGAUUUACAACUUAAAACAUCAACAACACCGUCCACACAAGCUAGUUCAUUCGACCGUUCACUGGACGGUAGUCGAAGUAUGUCCAAUCUGUACGUUAAAACGCCGGACUUUUCUUCACAAAAGAAAAAGUGUCAUGAUUCAGUCGACGAACCGAUAGCGCAUGUUAUACAUAAAAACCCUUAUCCCAUCCAAACGGAAAAGUCGAGUAUAAUCAUAGCACCACCAACAGCAACAGUUGCGACGCCAUCUGAUCCAUCAAUCAUCUAUCGAAGCUAUCCGCAAAUUUCGCAGGAUGUUACGAUGUCGAUAGUACCCACACAAAGUGUCCCGCUUUCGCAACAUCAGCAGCAGCAACAUCAACAUUUGUCACAAAAGCAGAGUAUGGCUGAGCCACAGCCAUCCAAUGAUCAAAGAUUUAGGCAGCAAUAUCCAUCCGAUAUGCACAAAGGACAUCCGUCCAUGUAUCCAUCAACUGUUCUUACCGCUCCACACAAUUUGUACGAAAGUCGCAUUCACGAUGUGUUACAUCCAUCAAAUCCACUGAAUGCAUCGUACAAGGAAAAGGUUGAAUCAGACAGUAUUGGUCAUCCUCAUCAACGUGAAAGUAGUCGCGCGGCUGUGAUCCAAUCUGGAAAGUCUAUCACCGUUGAAUCUGACGUAUUCAAUCAAAGAUUACAGUCGACCUACAAUCAGCCAUCAUACUAUGAGAAACCGAUAGGGAAGCCGGUUGUAGCUAGUCAACCAUUAGACUAUAUACAAAGUCAGCAACAGUUUACUAACUCCAGAUAUACGCCCGAUUUACAUCAGAGAAUGCAACCAAACAAACUGAGUUACGAACGUCCCGGCUAUUCUGAAUCAAAUCCCGGUAUGUAUCAAGACCAUUACAAGCAACCACCACAGUCAGUGAAACAUACCAGCGGCCCACAAAUGGCCGCUCCAUCGAAUCGACCAUCACAUCCUGUCAUGAACUCGAAGCCAAUUGAUAUUCCUAGCAGCGGUCACAUGAAUCCACCGCAAUAUUGGCCUAGUCACAGUCCUCGUAUCUCACAGAGUCCAAUAUCGUUGUCAUCGUCUCCACUCAGCGGUCGCGUAACACAAAGUCCAGCCGGAGCUAGUCCAUCGCCGCAGCAUCAUGUUAUGCAGACACCUAGUUCAUUGCCGGCACAAAGCCCAACAUAUCGUUACUCAUCACCGAAUCAGACACAACCACCGACAUCAUAUAACAUACCAACGACAGCUUCUAGUCCAACACAGUUUAAGGACACCGUGAAUUCAGCAAUAUAUCAGAAACCAUCUAAAUCAAAGUCUUCAAAGUCGUUGACGAAACGAAAUGUGCCGCAGCAGUCUGGUACACCAAACUAUUAUUAUCUACCUCCAGAAACGACUCAUUUUCCUGGCCAUCAAUAUUCAAUUAAAGUUGAGCAGCCUACUCAUUAUCCACCAAAUCAAUACUCCAACAAGACUGACAAUAAUCUUCGCGACGACACCAGAUCGAAACAAAACAAAUCAUUUCCCGAUUAUGUGGACUUAACGAAACCGUUAAAAACAUCCGAUAUCCCGUCACCACACUUGCCAAAUUUGGUAGCGCAGCAAAGCCGUUACGACCACCGACAUUCGAAUGAAAGACAUGAAUCGUAUCUAAAUCACCGCAGCGACAGUAUCUCCAACAAACAUGCACAGGAGCCGUCGUCUGCUAACCGGUCAUUGGACAAGCAUAAUAUGUUUAAUUCACAACAGAAAACCAUAAUGGAUCCAUACGCCUAUCGGAAGGCGUCUGAGGCUGAUCUCAAUUAUGAAAUUAUUAAGAAAACUUUGAACAAAGACAUAUCGAUCCGACGAUCUGAUACCGAUCUCAGUUGCAGCAUAUUUGAUACACCGAAAUUGAAUCAAUCGAAAAAUGUCGUCUAUCCGACAUCUAACGAUCAAUUCUAUGGCAGAGGAUCGUCCUAUCAUCAGAGUUUCAAUUAUCCUCAACAACCGGCUGAAGCAACGAUCAGACGAGACAUGAAGGGUAAUCAGAUUGUGGAUGGUAAUCGAUAUUAUUCUGGAUCAUCCCAACCGACAACCAAAAUAUACGGGGCUGAACAUGUCUCCCGAUCUAAGCCCAAUUCUGUUGACAGUAAUAGUUUGCGACCGCCUAAUGAUCUUAAAAAACACGAUCUUAGCGUGACAGUUUCGCGAAUAGGUUUAGCUAAUUCUCAAUCGGUCGAACAAGCCAGGCUUCAGCAUUCCGAGACAACAAUUCAACCGACAACAUCACGACAUCAAUCAACUGCUCAAGUAGCUAAGACUCACCUGCUACAGCCACAACCAAAUAUUCCGCAAAAACCAACUUCCACUAGCGUCAAAACUGUGCUAACGCCAGUAAAACGUGAGUCUCCGUUAGAUUUGAGUGUAAAAACUGUUAAAACUAAAGCCGAUUCGACGGGUGAUGAUUAUGCUGUACCGUCGUCGUCACGCGACUAUAAUACUCCGUUGUCGCUGAAAGUAGACUUUUCACCUAAUUUCCAGAAACACACCCGAGUGUGCGAAAAAAGUACUGCCAAUCACAUAUCAUCUCGCCAUGAACAUCCAACAACAAAUACUCAGUAUCCAUCGCUUCCGAUUCAGCGACCAACAUCACAACAAUCGACAAGUCAAAAUGUGCCGCAAAAAAAUACUGAUAAAUUGCAGGAUGUCAGAUAUCAGCAGUAUCCACAUCACUUACAUGGUCUAUCGACGUAUGUACAAUUUCCAGCACCAACACCAGUAGCACCGUCGACCCAAAGUCGAUCACAUCAGUUGCCAAGCGAUUCGUUCAAACAUCAAUCGAAACCAGUGCUAAAUCCGACUGUGCCAACAGUUUUUGGCCGAAAACCCGAAGAACUCAAAAAUCUUCCAAUCAAUCCUGAAUCACAAGACUGUAAAACUGCGCCAAGCGCUUUCGGAUCGUAUGAAAACGACAAUCGACUGUCGAAGAAUCGACCGUUAAAAUCAAACUACCACAACAAACUUCAAGAGCAUGUAUUGAUUUCACACAACAAACCGCAUGAAACGUCCGUUAAAUACUCGGACUUCAAAACGAAGGACUCACAAAAUGUUUCAAUUCCUAAUUCGUCUGUUGAAACGAUAAAAGACCGUCCACCAUAUCCAUACGCUACAACUGAAAAACCUGAAUAUAUGGCACAGUAUCAAAACCAUAGAACAAUGCCCGUUCAGUCUCGAAUCGUUGAACAUGUACCACAAGGCCAUUACGAUCCGCAUUGUUCCAGGAAACGACAGGCCGAUCCACCGAUCCAUAACCAGUAUCCGAAAUCGAAGCAAGUGCGACCUAAUGAACCGCCUAAUCAACAUUUCUAUCACAUGGAUGAACGAUAUCCUCCAGCAGCAGAUUCAAAGAGUCAUGAUCGGUUUGAGAUGCCCGCAGAAAAAAUUAUUUUUCAUCCAAGGUUCGCAACAGCAAAUUAUCAAAGAGUACUGCCCGAGCAAAACUAUUCAUCUGUACGAGCAAUGCCACCAAAUGAUACUGAGCCAAAUGAAAUGAGAAAUACAGCAGCGGCGAUUAGAGAUAACAUUUCACCAAAUUAUAACAAACAGUAUCCGUACCACUAUCCGGAAACAAUGCACAAUCCAAUGGAAAGUAAACCUACUUCACAUCCCCCAAUUAUAUCAUAUCCAACGGAGCAACAUGAAAAACAUUUGGCGUAUCAAAAGAGCAAGAAAGAAAUGUACAAUAAAGUUCCAUCGCCAGCGGAACAGAAUUGUUAUCCACGAGACAGUAAGCAUCAUCCUUACGAAAAUUACAAUUCCGAACCGUACCAAUCGUACAAAAAUGACGCGAAACCGUAUUACAACGAUGUUGGCUAUCCUCCCAGUCAACAAUAUCCGAAACAAGGUGUGUGUGAUACACCACAACAAGUGUAUCAACAACCAUGGCCAACGAAUCAACCAACAUUACAACCCGACUCGAGUAAACAGUCCUACUGUCCGUCAUCGGAAAUUCGUAACAGAGAAUUCAAUCCCAUGGGCUAUACACCGCGACCGUCAUCUGAUGUAGCAGUUAGACCGAAUGUUCGCUUAAAUUCAAUUACAACGGAGCAAUCCACGUCUCGCCAACCGACCACACUGAAGGGUGCCGACCAGACGGUCAUAUCGAAACUACGAACCAAUUUGGAGAUGAAGGAAAUUGAAAAACAAAAAUUGUUACGCAAUCAAAGCAGCACAGAGACGGUGGACGAAGAAAAUCCGAAAUCUGACAUUGCAUCGUUGAUUGCGGCUCGUAUUCGUACGAAAGGCGAACUGAAGGGAUUCACUCCGAUGCCAACAUCCGUUCCAGAACCUAAAUCGGACGCAUCUAAUCAAUGUGAUGUAGAAAAUAUGAAAGAAAAGUUGGUGCCGGUUACGGUCUGCGAACCAGGUGGCGACAGCGACAACGCUACUGCGUUCGAUUUAUUGGAUUGGGGAAGUGCUUGUAAUGACUUUGUGGAACAGCUAAAAGGAACGGGAACAAAGAAACGCGGUCGUCGACGACGUGGCAAGUCGUUGUUUUUCGACACUGAAUUUGAAACAGUUGGACAGGACGUACCGCUACAAAAUCUCCCGGGUGUAGAUUACAAAUGUGAUAUUGACGAAAAUGUGGCAAGCUUUGCGAAGACAGUUAAUCAGGAGGAUGAAACCCCGAAGAAAGAUGAAGGUAGUUCCAGUGACGAAGACAAACCGUUAUUGUUUCUGCGACAAAAAAGUUUGAACGAGACGGGAAAAUUAAAGGCGUCUCAGAGUGACGAUGUUGUCAACGAUUCAUCGACACUCUCAGAGACCACCAGACAGGCGCAAAAGCGAGCAAUUGUGUUCACCAAACUGACCGAUAAAAUUUCCAAAAACAAAAAGGAACAGCAACGAGAAAAGCGCGAAAAUGAAAAGAGAAUAUCGAUCGCAUCGAGUUCGGAAAGCGACGGUGAUGUUUCGCCGAAAAUAAACAAACGGCCGAAGAAGACCGUUAGAAAACCACGAACCAGAUCUAGUGUCGGCUAUCAAAACGCAUCGGACGAUGAGACCUCUGAGAACGGUUCAAAAAACUCCAAGCGAACAAAUGAUCAUACGAAGCGGAAAAAAAGUGCUAAGUCGUCAUCCGAUUCGGAGCCGUUGAAGCGUAGGACAAAAACUCCGAGAAUUGAUUCCGAUGAUAAGUCAGACAAUGAUGAUGACAAAGACUGCCCUGUAAAAUAUGUGGCCAUAAAACAGGAAGUGAUUAGUGACGACGAUGAAUCUGAUUGUAAGAUGGAGGUGCUGAAAACACCGGUCAAAAAGGAGCCCGGUGUGAUUAAUGUGAAAAUUGAAGAGACAAUGACGCGAUCGAAACGAAAACAGGAAUUGGAACGACAAAAAGCUAAUAGUAAAGUCUUACGCAACGACAAAAUGGUGAAAAAUGUGUCAGUCUUCGAGCGGAAAUCGUAUGAUUCGAAGAAAGGAGCCGAAAGAAACUCGCAAAGAUCCAAAUGUAAGACGUUAUGUAAGGACGACGGUAAAAGGAAAUUCGACGACACUGAAACCACUGGUGAGUCAUCAAAAAACGACAGUGCGAAGAAAAAGGGAUGUCGUAAUGCUUCCGUUCAGUCAAUAUCGAGUGACAGCGACGAGAAUGAGGAAUUACCUUUAACGCGUCGACGAACUCGCUCUGCUAAAUCAAUGGAUCAACGAACGCCCGAAAAGAUUAAAAAUGCGGCUGACAAAGUGGUCGAAAAAAAGUGGUCUCGAAAUUCUCCACAAAAAAAGGCGCUCAAAGAACCCACCACCAAACCGUCGAUCGAGCAAUUUCCGCCGGGUUGGGAGAACGAAGUGUAUGAAUUCAAACGAUCCCUCAAAAUCCCGGCAAGUUUGAUUACAAUAAAAAAACCAUCGUGGUACCGUAAAUCGAUCUCGCUGCCAGACCUAGAUCCUCAUUCGAGUGACACUUCAGAGACGUUUUCUGAAAAGAAGCAAUUGUUUUUGAAACCAUUUAGCGAGCUGAGCGAUCGGAAACCAACUAAAAAGGAACCGAAGCAAUCCCACCAAACCAAUACUCCGAGCACUAAUGUAAAAACGACUGCAGAGGCCGCAGAAAAAGUUCCCAACGAUAUACGAUCUACGUCUAUCAUUGAUCGAUUGCAUCAGAAAAUCAUUCCUCCAAUCAACAGGAACAGUAAGAAGGCACGGCUACUCCAUUCCAAUGAACCGAAACUCUUACCCCAAUCGAAUGAGAUCGAACUGCUCUCAACUCCUGGUUCAGAAAAUGUCUUCAAACACCAAAGUGUAUUUGAAACGGCUGUCCUGAACUCAAGAACACGUAAAGAAUAUCGCACACAAAAGAAUCAGGAAAUUAUUCGUGAAGUGUUUGGAUGUGACGAUCGUCCAGCAUCAGCGCCACCUUUACAUGCCGUCGACAAAAGCGUACCAGCCAUUACGUUUGACCAGAAGUACAAACAGUACCUUGAAAAGAUGAAUAUGGACUUCGGCGAUAGUAAGGAAGCUAAUUGUGAAAUUACGGCCGAUGUGUCUAUUGUCAAGCAGGAGAAAAUGGAUGAUGAUAGUUUGCUGAACGAUGAUGAAACGCAAGAUACGGAAAUCAAUGAUUGUGAAAGAAAUGCGUUGGACAUUAAAGAUGAACCGAUUGAUUCGAACGAAAGAGAUACGCCGAGUGUAUCGGAACGGGAAGGCAUAACGCCGAGCUCACUUUCGUUGAUUCGUAAGCGAGGCAGAGGAGCACGUGGCGGUCGUAGGAAAGGAAGUUCAGGUUUCGACUACAUUCGCAAGAAAAAGAAGCCAUUAACUCAACCCGCUGAAGGUGGACAGCAGAAGAGACGAUCGGCAGCCAUCAACUACUUACAGGAGAAAGACGAAAAUGACAUCAAUCGUGAAAUACGUGGUUGGGUGUUGAACAAGGGUGUCGGAGAAACGGUUCUGCAUAAAGCGGCUCGCCUGGGUUAUAUUGACGUGAUUGCCUUCUGCUUGCAAAGAUUGGAAAUGAAUCCGGACCAGAAGGACAAUGCCGGUUACACGGCAUUGCAUGAGGCGUGUUCGCGCGGUCACCUGGACAUUGCCCGUUUGUUGCUGGAGUAUGGGGCGAAUCAUUCUGAAACGGCUGUUCUCGGUGGAAUAAGACCACUCCACGAGGCUGUUGAGAAUGGUUACAUUGAAGUUGUUCGUUUGCUGUUAUCGUACGGCGCCGAUCCGCUCCUGGCUACGUAUUCUGGUCAAACACCGAUUAUGCUCGCUGAAAAUGAUGAUCCAAUGAUUGCAUUUCUCAAGAGUUAUUUGAAUGACAUUCAAAACACCGGCCCGAAUAAAAUGCCAUGGAAAUUCGAGGGCCCUUGGAAGAAAUACGACCCCGAUGAGUACGGUUAUAAUAUGUUUGACGGAGUUCCAAUCGAUGAAAAUGAUGCCAAAGCGGACAAGUUAUCAGUAGUCGCGAUAAAACCAGAAUCCAAUCUGGCUCUUUCAGCCAAUGUCGGUGCUUCCAAGCAAGUCAAAGAGUCUAAAUGCGAUUCCAAUUCGAACAUAAUGCUUACAAAAUCGGCAACACGCAAACGGCCACCGAACGCAAUUACAUCGCCGGAGAAUCAUCGAAACAUCAAGUCAAAAUACAAAAACCUAUCGCCGUGUACGGUGGUGCUGACCAAUUUGACGGACAAAAACAAUACCAAAGCGAAUGGUGCGGACAAACCGACGGCUAUACCAUCCCUAUCGACCGUUAGCCUACACCCGGACAGUGCAUCGGAGCAGCCAGAAAUUAUUGAAUUUUCCGAUGAUGAUUCAGAUGCGGAUUUCUUUGAAAUUGAAGAAUCGCAAGCACCGCACGUUCCAUUGUACCAUUUGCGGGACGAGGGUGCGGUCAAGUGGGCUCUGCUAAGCGAUUUAUGUUACAUGUUGAAGGUGAAAUCAAAGGACACUUUGUUAAAACAGAUCUGUUCAUCGAUGCCGCCAAGCGCUGGCAGCAAUAAAGAACUUUUGCGAGAAUUAAAAAUGGGAGACUUUCUUGAACGGGCCACAUGUCUACAAUUAUUGUGCGCUGGUGAAAAACUGAAUAUUCGUGCAUCGAAAGUGGUUUUAGUGAAGUACAACGACAGCGUGAAAAAUUUGUUAGGCAUUAAGACUGUGCUAAUGAAAAUGUAAAUGAAAAUGUGACUCCCACAGAACUGUAUAUCGAAUGUGAUUUUCGUAUUACGUUGCAUUAUUCUAUUCGAUUGGAACUUGAAUUCGGUGCCAUUCCCAGAACCAAAAGUCAAAUUAUUUUAACAAAGCAAAUAACGGGUAAUGUAACUCCGCAAGAACACACAGUUCCCUUAUCAGGUAAUCUCGAAGUUGCAAAAAAUGUCAAGAUUCAAAAUUGAAGAACGCAAUCGUUACAACAUUGAUCAUGUUCAUACAUAAACAGCAUGGAUGCAACAUGACAGAUCUAUAUUCAAACUUGGUAAUUACCUCCUCUUUGUUUGAAUUUCUUUUGAAUUUACAUUAUAUUCUCUUCAAUUUAUAUCGAUGUAGUGGACCAACGCACUUCAAGCAUGAGUAGUACUCUAAAUAUCGUACUGAAACUGAACAGUGUGUCACACAACUGUAAAACACUGUAAAAAUCAAUUUCAUACAAAAUAGUACCCUAUUUGGCAGCUGUGGACUAUGAACACUUUUGCUUGAAGUGCGUUGGGUCGACAAAUAGUCAUUGAAAAAACCAAAGUAUAUGAACACCGAAGGUAAUGCAGACCCUCAGCGGAUCAGAGAAAUUACGGAUCCAGACUGUCAGGUGAAUUCAUUUUCGUAUGUUGUCUAACUUAGACUUGUGCAACAUGACGGCCCUAAAUACUUCCAAUUCACCACUAAAUACAACUUGACGCAAACGAAUUUUAUAUGUGUGCAACAUACCGCCACAGAAUCGUUCCAAAUUCACCACCAGAUGCAAAUUGACACAAACAAAUUCAAUACGUGUGCAAAAUGACGGAGCUAAAAUUCCCCUGAAAGUUUGGAUCCGUGUGUAACUGUGGAUUUGCAUUGCCUUCAGUGUUUAGAUACUUUGGAAAAAACAAGUACGACUCCGUUUCUUAUGUUAAAACAUUUGAUUUAUCAGUUGUUGGUUUGAUAAAUCAUCCUGACAGUCAAUUAAUACAAGCAAUAAAUAGGCAUGACAUGUCCACUCGCUGUAUCAUCUCUGCCAAGUAUCAGUACAGGCCGAAUAAUAUCAUUCCUCCUGAUUAUCUUUGAUAUUGACUACUGACAGUUUAUCGAUACCCAGCCAUCUUAUCUGUAUAAGACUGGUCUGUCUAAUUGAUAUAGAAGGUGAGGAAUGUCAUCGUUUUUGUGUGUUCUAACAUAGAAAGUUCACUUUUAAAUUGAAAUUUCAUAUGUAUACUGUGUUCGCGCUAACCAAGCGUAUCAAAAAGCUUUCAAAUCAUUGAACUGAAUGCUAAACCUUCAUACAUUUAUGACAUUUAUGUUAGAAGUUCCCACUGGGACCACACAUUGAAAAUGAAUUUUUAUAAUAAAAAUUGCAUUUAUUUGCAUUCAACGGACUGCCUGGUGUUGUUCUGUACAGGGGAUAUUUCAGAAAAUUGAAUUCCAUAAAAUUCUUUACAAAAUUCCUCUAAAUUCUUAAAUUUAGAAAUUUUUAGGAAUCACAAGGUAUUUAUAAGAAUUCUGUUCUUAAAAAUAAGCUUUUCCAUUCAUAAAACAGAGAUAUCAAGUGUUGAUUUUAUUUUAAAGAAGAGAAGAAUUACCUAAAUGACCAUGGCACAUCGGACAACUCAGAUUUUCGUAAAAAAAACCUAAAUUGAAAUUUUUUCGAAAAAAAAAACGUUAUGGAAAAUAUUGAAUCGCUUAAAUUCAGCUCAAUUUUGUUGUGAAGAAAAAGUGGACUCUGGAAAAAAUAAUUGUAAAAUCUCAGGGAAGGUCGAUUCCAACAUUUUUAUUAUGAAACGAAAAGAAUUUUAGAGAAAAAAAAAGAAAGAAGAAAACUCAACGCAAAAUUGUUUUGCUAUAGAAUUUAUUCACCCAUUUUGUACAUAGAGGCCCAUUUCAUCAUCAUUUUACCAUAUUUUUUUGUGAAACAAAAAAAUCUUAUAAUAAAGCUAUCAAGCGAAAUUGUAUAAAUAUGUAUGUGAGAGGAAAAAAACAAAGGGGGUGCCUACAAUGGCGAACUGUGAUGUUGAAGCAUAAAGAAUUAAUUUGAUUUGCUCGAUUGGACCCAAGAAGGUAGACUGCAAAAUUCGCAAUUCGUUAACAUUCUCAUUACAUAACAUCUGUCAGUAAGAACACACACUCCACAGGAGCGUCAUUUUCAAUGAACUCGUUAAGAACGACGCUGGAAUAAUUCGUGGCGCGAUUAUCGUUUUUUUUUUCGUUUAAUUUCUGUCGAUUAAAAAUUUCAUAAAUUGGACAAAUUUUUAGCUAGAUUCAUUGACAAACACCUCGUACAACUAAUCUUUGUCAAAAAUAUUUUGUAAACUAAACGCAAAUCACACUUGUACAACAUGUAGGCUAUGUAUCUCCGGAUUUUGUAAAUUGCAAUGUUUAAGUGGUUCAAACAACAACACCAAACUGUACCAUUUUCUUCAUUCAGACUUUCACAAGUAGACAAAUGAAACAGCUCUUGUUUCGUUUUUCGGUCCCAACGCAUUAGAUGAAACGCACACAACGCAAAUUUUGAUAAUCUGGAUCACUAUUUCAUUCCCUAUAAUGUAUGCGUUGUUAUUGAUGGAGUUGAACAGUCGUCCCUUCAAGUCUUCCAACCCUUUUAAAACCUACUAUCACACCACGUAUUUUUCAAGGCACGACACCAAAUUACAGAAUUUUUCUCGUAAUUUGGUCCCUUUGAUUUAAGACAUUUUCGCGUGUUGCCCUGACCUCGUUCGAGCUGCAACUCGCGAAAUCUACCGUCCGCAACAGAUACGUAAAUAAUUAUUCCCGUCAUAACAGACUAAUACUGAUUCAUUACUACUUCAUUACUACAUUCAUUACUCGUUAACUUCACAAUUGACAGACGAAUGUAGGCAGAUUAUCGAUGCAAAUUAACGGAUAUGGACUGCAACAAUUCAAGUCUGUUAGUGAGUUUAAGUGUAUGUCUUUUUGAUAGACAACAUUGGCAGCAGUGAUAAGUGACCAGUAGCCAUAUCAGUGUAAUACAAAACGCUGAUUCCGGAAUAUCAGCUGCAAUACAUUUUUAUCGUCUGGUCUGGAGUCGAACAUUUGGAGGUGUAGUCCCUGCAAGUGUGAUUUGCCGUGUUGCAAAAAUCUAAAAAUACAGUGGACGACAUCUGAGCAGUCAUUUUAUUUCUACUGUCCAAUUGCUUCAACUGAAACAUCCAUUUCAAUGGAAAUUGUAGAUAAAAUAUAUUUUUUUAAACGAAUAGUCGAUCAUCAGUUAAU